GGUGCCUGGGUCCUGGUCUGUCGGUGUCAGCUUCUGGUUCGGCAUGGCGAGAAUGAAGAAGGGGAAUGAUGCAAAGUUCGUGUGGAUAAAUCAGACGACUAGUUGUCCAUCCUCGCCUGUGAAUGAGUCAGCGCGCUGGGACUGCCAGGUGAACAGAGAAGCCCAGUGUCUCCAACAUGACUGCUGUUACAGCGCCAGUGGGACGCCAGGUGUUCCUUGGUGUUACGCACAACCGUCAGCUAUUGACGAGGAAGCUAGCACAACCUUUCACUGGGCUCCGAACGAACCAAGCAAGCUGCCAAGUCAAGUCAAGCGAACCUGCGCCAUUCUGUGGGACCGCCACGACUUCAUGUGGGACGACCAAGAGUGUGACACGAACAACCAUGGCUACAUUUGUCAGUUUGAUAUGGAGCUCAUCAAUGUCACGACGACCUCGCCCUCCACUCCCGUGACUUCAGGAAGACCAAGCACAAGCUCGCCCUCCACUCCCGUGACUUCAGGAAGACCAAGCACAAGCUCGCCCUCCACUCCCGGGACUUCAGGAAGACCAAGCACAAGCUCGCCCUCCACUCCAGCUUCAUGGACUUCCGUGUCGUCACGAGGACCAAGUACAAGCGGUCCAUACAAAACAACUGCUGCACCAACUAACACUGCAGAAGCUCCAACUGGACAGCAGGGAUUUGUCCUCGCAACAGGUUCCGUUGUGGCGAUAGUGGUUGUGAUAAUUGUCCUCCUCUUCCUAGCGGUGCUAGUGGUGGUGUACUGGAGGAACUGCAGACGUACUGGCGUGGAUGGAAGGUCUAAGACAAAUGACAGAGUUGGUUUCAGAAGUUCCGGCGGCUUUUCUGAUCAAGAAGGUCUUGACAAUAUCACUAUAGACAAUGAUUUGUACUUCACUGGAGAAGAACUCCCUGGUAAGAUUCAUGCUCCCAUGACAGGGGCAGCCGUCGAGGCGAACCGGCAUGUGGCAUCACCGGGUGGUAACUCAAAGAGAGAGACUCCAGCAAAACGAGGGGGAACUUUGAGAGUUGGUGACAUAGGCACACCAGACAAUUCCUAUGACGAGAUUCAUACUAAUGAGAAACCCAAAGAUGAUGCUCUUCGCGGCUCUAGAUCUAUUGCCAUCAAAGCGGCGGUCAUUCAACAUGGGACGAUUGUCGAUGAGGUCCAUGGGGCGGGGUUUGAACCACAAUCAGAGGACAUAUAUACUGAGGUUGGAGGAUACGUUGAAGACGACGCUGGUUUUGAUGAUAUUCUUCGAGACGCUGCUUCGAAUUCAGCCAUGGACCUGACAGAUGCAAGUGCAGACGGCAAUGCAUACGAUGUCCCCAGCGGCAGAGCCAACAACCCUGUGGCCUUCAAUGAUGGUUACCAAGACAUGGCCGCUGCAUCAUCGCAGACCCAUGAAAACGCCGUGUAUGAUGUCAUGCAUUCAUAGGAACGGGAAGACAAGGGAGAAUUCAACCUUGGUUUUGACAACGACAAAGGCAUAACCUCCUGAAGACGGCUCCUCAAGUCAGAACAUUCCAUAUUAACUGCACUGGUCGCAUUCCUGGACACCGAGUUUUAUGCUUAG